UCCCUCUCUCGCCACCUAGCGUUGCUACUGUCAUGUUCUUUCCUCUUACAGCGUUACGAAGGAAUAUAUUUUUUUUGGCUUGCAUGUGUUCUAUAAAAUAUAUUCCAUGAACAUUGGUUGUACCCGCGUAGGCUAUCCUGCAUGAAUCCUCGUCUUUUGGGAGGGAGAAUGAAGAUCGCUCCCGUAUAGGGUGUUCCUUUUACUACUAUUCCCCCAUCUCGCGUUCCUAGUGUGUGUCAACCCAUCUAUCAGGGUGGAUCAAUGCUGGAUUCUCUGCUUCAUACAAACUCCUAUCCGUUCUCUCGGCCCGCUACACUCGCUUGCCUCGUACCCGGGGGCGCAUCUAUCAGCAUAGAUAGCCCUGCGCUGGCUCCAAGCGGGCCUUGAAGUAGAUAUGCUGUAGUUUGGAAUACUGCGGUUUGGACGGACGGGUUGGAAAUGCCGGUGGUGUAAAAAAAGUCAAAUUAAUAUUUCCCUCGUCGCACUGUUCUCGGCGGCUGCCAAGCUCGGUGCUUAGCGGCCUGUACACACAAAAUGUCGACCAGAACGCCAUUGCCCACUGUGAAUGAGCGUGAUACAGAGAAUCACACUUCUGUGGAGGGCUACCAGGAGCCCCCUGCCCCGCCGGCUAAGUCGGGGAGUCGGCACAGCCUGCCGAGAUGUCGGAACUCUGUGGCGUCCACGACAGAGGAGCAGCCACACAUCGGGAACUACCGGCUGCUCAAGACCAUUGGCAAGGGGAACUUUGCCAAAGUCAAGCUGGCCCGGCAUAUACUCACAGGACGAGAGGUUGCCGUGAAGAUAAUAGACAAAACGCAGUUGAACCCCACUAGUCUACAGAAGCUCUUUCGUGAAGUCAGGAUCAUGAAGAUCUUGAAUCACCCCAAUAUUGUUAAAUUGUUUGAAGUCAUUGAGACUGAGAAGACACUUUAUUUGAUAAUGGAGUACGCCAGUGGUGGUGAGGUAUUUGACUACUUAGUUGCACAUGGAAGGAUGAAGGAAAAGGAGGCUCGGGCCAAGUUUCGCCAGAUUGUCUCUGCAGUGCAGUAUUGCCAUCAGAAGAGGAUCGUCCACCGGGAUCUCAAGGCUGAGAACCUACUCCUGGACGCAGACAUGAACAUCAAGAUUGCAGACUUCGGCUUUAGCAACGAGUUUACCCUGGGCAGUAAGCUGGACACGUUCUGUGGCUCCCCGCCAUACGCCGCCCCAGAGCUGUUCCAGGGGAAGAAGUAUGAUGGGCCUGAGGUGGACGUCUGGAGCCUGGGGGUCAUACUGUACACGCUUGUCAGCGGUUCACUGCCCUUUGACGGACAGAAUCUGAAGGAGCUGAGAGAACGCGUGCUGAGAGGGAAGUAUCGUAUUCCUUUCUACAUGUCUACAGACUGUGAAAACCUGCUGAAGAAACUGUUGGUGCUCAACCCUGGCAAACGGAGCAGUCUGGAGCAAAUCAUGAGAGACCGCUGGAUGAACGUGGGCCAUGAGGAGGAGGAGCUGAAGCCCCAUCAGGAACCGGAACCCGACUGGAACGACACCAAACGGAUAGAACUGAUGAUAACCAUGGGCUUCCCCAAAGAGGACAUCACAGAUGCGUUAACGGGACAGAAGUACGACGAGACCAUGGCCACUUACCUCCUUUUGGGCAGGAAACCAGCCGAGUUUGAGGGGAGCGAGUCGCUGUCCAAUAGCAACCUGUGUCAAAGGUCACGGCCCAGCAGCGAGGCCAACAACAGUUCCAGCCAAUCGCCAGCCCACUCCAAGGUCACACGCAGCAUAUCGGCCAACCAGAAGCAGCGGCGCUUCAGUGACCAUGUGGCGCCCUCUAUCCCCCCGUCUAUGUCCUACACCAAGCGGGCGCAGGCCAACAGCGUGGAGAGCGACAAGGGCGAUGCCGCCCACAAGCUUGGCACGGCCGGUUCCAAGGCCGACGUACCCACCUCGCCGCUGGUGGCACAGGAGAGGAAGAAGUCAUCCACCGCCUCAGGGAACAGUAACGCUAUGACCAGGAGGAACACGUAUGUGUGUGAGCGGUCGAGCACAGAUCACUACACGGCGAUUCCCAAUGGCAAGGACAGCAGUCUGACUGAGAUGUCAGGCUCGGCCAGUGGCUCCUCACCAUCGCCAGGGGCAACCUCAGCUGUCCCUUCCACUCGUCCGCGUCACGUCAAGUCCAUGUCGGCAUCGGGCCACCCUAUCAAAUCCCCACUGCCUCCCAUAGACGACAACGCGGAGUACAAGGGCCCCCCCACGGCCUCGCCGUCGGCGCACAGCAUCAGCAGCAGCACGGCCGCCACGCCGCCCGACCGCACGCGCUUCCCCCGCGGCUCCUCCAGCCGCUCCACCUUCCACGGUGCCCAACUUCGUGACCGCCGCUCGGCCACCUACAACGGUCCACCCGCCUCUCCCACGCUCUCCCAUGACACGGGGGCUCUGUCCCAGGCGCGCAGGGGCACCUCCACGGGCAUCAUCAGCAAGAUCACCUCCAAGUUUGUCCGCAGGGCCACGGUUGAAGGAGAGGCCAGUGGCAGUACAGACCCCCCAAGGAGCGCAUCAGGGGAACCCAAGGAGGACGGUUCCCGGGACUCCAAACCCCGUUCACUGCGCUUCACCUGGAGCAUGAAGACCACCUCGUCCAUGGAGCCCGGCGACAUGAUGCGCGAGAUCCGGAAGGUCCUGGACGCAAACAACUGCGACUACGAGCAGCGCGAGCGCUUCAUGCUCUUCUGCGUGCACGGCGACGCCCGCCAGGACAGCCUGGUCCAAUGGGAGAUGGAGGUGUGCAAGCUGCCACGCCUCUCACUCAACGGUGUGCGCUUCAAGCGGAUCUCAGGCACGUCCAUCGCCUUCAAGAAUAUCGCGUCCAAAGUGGCUAACGAGCUCAAGCUGUGAAAAGUGACUUUUGGGAAGACUAAACAAACUAAAGAGAAUUAACAUAUGACAUUGUAAAUGGAGGGGGUAGAGGACAUAAUCCUGGUGUUCCUUGAGUUUGCGGGCGCCCCAAGUGUCGGCCCAAGAGAGUUUACUGCUAUUCGAGGCUACUGCCGUAUUGCUUGGUUGAAACGACACAUAGAGAGAAUAUACUUCCAUUUUCCCUCCCCAAGGCAAACUCCUGUAUUCCAAAAUUGUUGUUAAUAACGAGAGGUGAGAACUGACCAUUGCAAUAAUAUGACAACAUUUGUAUCAAUGGGCUGCAAAAUUUCAAUUCCAUUGCUAAACUACCAUUAAAGGGGGUUGGAAGAACAGACUGCAAAGCUACUUUUUCCACAUGUACAGUAUAAAAUAAAAUAGAGAAUGUUUUGAGUUGUAUUGUUCAUAGAGUUGUAUAAAACAGGACUCUUCAGCAUAAUGUCUGCAGGUAUUGUAUAGUCUUGAGUUUCUGUACAGAAAGUGUGUUUAAAUGUGUCAUACUGUGUUGUUUUUUUGUUUUUUUUCAUUUGGAGUUCUCUUUCCUUCUAUUGUUGACAUUUGUAGAUUGUUUGCCUCCACUGAAGUUUAAUGUUUAGGGGAAAAAAAAAAAAAACAUUUUUUAUUCUCACAAGGAAAAGAAAAAACAAGCUUAUUUUUUACUUUUCACAGACAAUAGGUUCCUUUCCCAAUACAGGAGAGAUCAAAUGACGUGAUCUGUGUUGAAAAGCAAAACUCUACACAUCCCAAAGCCCUAAUCAAAUCAUUCCUCCUAUAAUGCACUAUUUUGGCCAUUCUCACAAUCCUCCUUCAAGUAGCGUAGCUGAAUGAUGACGUUAGCACUGCAGUUUAAAAUGUUCUGUUUAUUGCAUAGAAUUUACAUAAGGGAUCUUAUGUUGUGUCCUUUUAUUACCUUUGAGAACCCAAAUAUACAGCGUAGACUGACAGGACCACACAUUUUUCAGUUGCACUAAAUUUAAGCCCGCUCUCAUAAAGUCCGCUUUAUGCCGUCUUGAACACGGUAUCGCAAAUGUCGCUGGCAUUGCACUCGAUUAAUAAUCAAAUGCUCUUCUAACAAAUAUUGGGACAAAGCUACUCAUUCAAAACACUAUUCAUGGACUUUUAGUAGCAUAAAUGCACCGGCACCAUUCUAGGUCAGGUAGUGACAUGUUCCGCUUGAAACUGCCCAAAGGUUGAAAGGUUCACCAAAAGUGAUGCCCAAGCAGUUUGACCUCACUAGUGACUAUAUCUCUCUUACUCCCUUCUAAACUGCAGUUAAUUGAUAGUUACUGUGCGACACCUGUCUGACUUGUUUUGUGCUCAAUUUUAUUUUCUUGCAAAAUAUAUUGUAUUUAUUCCACCACAUUAUGCCUUUUUAAUGUGCUGCUUGGUAUUUCUGAGGCAUUCACCUGUACGAGAAGAAAAAUAGUAUAUGUUUUUAUUUUAGGUUUUUCCCCUUUGUAAUUAGUGAUUGCGAUGAGUAUGUACAAUAACCACUAGUGCUGGUACGUUUCUACUCGUUAUUUUGUAUGAAAAGUAAUGAGGGUCAACUGUGCAAUGGUAUUCCAUGUUGUAUUACUGUAAAGAUGAGAGAUGAGCCUAGACCGCACCCUUUAACACAACAAAGAGAGUGGAAACAGAAUCCGGACAUUUUAUUUCCUCAUUUCAAAAGGCACAAUAGAAGGAAAAAAGCGAAGGCGAGUGUUCAACAAAAAGAAAUCAAUGAAAAUAAGGUUAAGCUGUGAGCCCUUCUGGAAGCUGAGCGAGACAUCUCCACCGCUGACUUUCUGUGGCAUUAUGGGAGCAGAGAGGGUUGGAGGGGGCUACCGCACGUUGACUUAUAGUGCACAUGGAAGAAAAAUGCAUAUUCCUAAUUGUUAACGGUACAACUUCCAGAGAGGAUGUCUGUGUUGCCUUAGCAGAUCAAGUGUAGAGGAGACGCAGCAAGUGUUAAAGAAAUAUAAACGAUUAUGCCUCGCCCCUUUCAUCUCCAUUAACCCCUCCCCCCACAUAAACCCCUCCUACCACAACAUACAUGCGAGGAAAGCUUGAGUCAUCCAGAUUCAGUCUCGUGCACAAUAUUAAAGCUUACUUGAAAGGAGUCUCAAGCAAAUGUUUGGUGUCAUUUGUUCUUUUUUUUUUACCAGUAUGUACUAUUUAAUUUUGUCUGAGAAACCAUGGCUUCACAGCCAAUCAGUUUAGCAUAAACUUUGAGUAACAUGGAGGAAUGAUACAUCAUGGAAAGAGCUUUGUAAUUUGUAUAGAAACAUGUAUUGCUCUGUAGAUGGUGGGUUAUCCUAAUGUGUAUGGCCGUGCCAAACUUCAUACUGAAAGCAAACACAGUUGAAAUUAUGCAAAAAUAUUUUCUUAAGUAAAAUAGUUUUUAUAUACAGCACAUAAGCAUGAACUUUUGAAAAGUAUUUAACUUUUGUAUGCAAUAUUUAUGCUAUAAAUCUUUGUACCUACA